AAAACCCCUUUGCCUUAAAAGAGUAAACCCCUUUGCCUCUUCCGCAGACCAAAUUACUUCUAAGUUAGGGUUAUCUACCGAUUUUGGGGAAAUCUUUCGCUUCACAAGUAAAAUUUACUUUUAACUUUGAUACUCUGUAUAUUUGUGGGUUAAUUGAAGCCUUAGCACUUGCUCGGGUGCUCCAUUUUGUUUUACAGCAUCUUGAUAAUGUUGAUUGAUAACAAAUAUCAGCAUGAUAUCAUCAGCAACCUCCAUGAAAGUUUAAAGCAAAGUAUCUUAAUGUGUUUGCCAUUAAAAGAUGCAGCAAGAACUAGUGUACUCUCAAGAAAGUGGAAGUAUAGUUGGACUACGCUUCCACACCUUAAACUUGAUGAGACUUUGUGGCAAGGAUCAAGUAUUGGUGAGGAUGAUUAUGUGUCUAUUACAUUUCUUAAAAGUCUCUUCCAUGCUAUACUCUGUCAUAAAGGUCCUAUCACCAAGGUCACACUCUCAAUUCCGGGUAUGAGAAUUUAUUCAGAGAUUGACUGGUUACUGUUUACUCUAUCAAAAAAUGAUGUUGAGGAACUCGUGCUUGGUGUUUGUUCUGGUGAGUAUAGAUUGCCCUCGUCAUUUUUCGGAUGCCGAAAGUUGAAACACAUGACACUUAAUUCGUGUUUGGUUCACCCACCUUGUGGCUUCACUGGAUUUAGUGAACUUCUCUCCAUUGAAAUGUUGGACGUGACUAUUUGUUCUAAAAUACUUGCAAGUCUUAUUUCUUGUUGCCCUUUACUCGAACACUUGAAACUAAAAAUCUCUUACACUUAUGAUGCUCUUGAGAUAUAUGCUCCUAGACUUAGGUCAUUUGAGUUUCUAAGUGUCAUGGAAUCUGUUUGUUUCAAGAACACCCCACUUCUUGAAAAAGUUGUAAUUUGUUCAGAUGACCUGGCUGUGUAUAAUGGACACUGGAACUCUAGCUUUGAAGAGUUUUUCAGUUCUCUUCCGAUGCUUAGAUAUCUGGGUUUAGAUUAUGACUUCAUGAAGUGUGUAGCUGGCGGUGGAGCCCCAACUAGACCUAGUUUUGCUGCUGCAGUCCAUCUUAACAUUCUAUUUCUUGGAGGGAUUUCAUUAGAGGAUCUGCAUGAGAUGCUAUGUGUAGUUUUUGUGAUAGGGAUCUCUCCAAAUCUGCAAGAAAUACAAAUCAACCUUGCGGACGACAUUGAUGAUUUUGCAAGUUCUGAGGAAAGCUCCAUUGUCAAAUUGUUGGGCCUUAAAGAAUACUCAUACAUAAAACUGGAUCACUUGAGGAUUGUUACUUUCUUGAACUUUUCUGGGACAAGGAAUCAAAUGGGACUUGCAAAGUUUCUGCUAAUGAGAUCCCCCAGGCUCAAGAAAUUGUUAAUUUCAAGUGAUGCUAAUCUGUCCAGUGAAAGAAGAUUUUUUAUUCUGAAAGAGCUCACUCGAUUGCAGCGUUCUUCACCAAGUGCCGAGCUUAUUUAUGAUUAGGUGCAUAUGAUGAGGGCAGUGAGCGUAUGAGUGAAGACUGAAGUGAUGAGUCCCAAACUCCCAAUGACACUUGCAUGAAUCACUGUUAUCAUACGGAGUAUCUUCUUUCUUUGGUAUAGUUUGUUGAGAACACAUGGAUCAUGGAUGUAAUAUUUCUCACUUUACCGAAUGCAGUUGUAAAUUGAAACUUUGGCAGUCUCCAAGGUCAUGUUUUUUGAGUUUUUUUCGCUAGUGUGGCCGGGCGAAUUUUUUUCGGUAAUGUAGCGGGGAGAAUUUUUUUCGCUAGUGUAGG